AUGCUAGUCGGGCAGAGGCGACUUCCCUCAUCCGGCGAUGGGCCCGCGCAGCCAACCACACGCUCAACCCCGGGAACGCCGCGCCAGUCACAGUUCCUGCAGAAACGAUACCCACAGCCCCGGGACCAUGCCUGUCUCCUGGGACCAAAGUACGGCCAUGAUGCGAUUGGACAUGAUAAGCCAGCGAUCCAAGCAGGUGCAAACAACGGGGUGGGCGUUUAUACGCGGGGGAUGAGGGGGUGGUCAGGCGGAUCUAGAUCGCCACAAAGCAGGGCAGCGCACAAGAUAUUCGCACGAGGGGCCCCAACUGCCGCGGAUCCAGAUCCGAACCAGGCCCAGAGCACAGCACGGAAGAGAUCAGCGCAAGCACGAGCCCCCAGAGAGUCCCAGGGUUCUGUUUUGACGUCUCGCCGACGCCCUGGUUUUCCGCGCCUAGGCUGUGUCCGAACGCCCCCGCCACCCCCCCUCGGCGCGAUGAGGGUGGUUCUCUUGGCCCGGUUUCUCCUUCCAGACAAAUACAUCGGGGUUUGCGAGGAGGCCGUUUACGCGGAUGAGGGAAUAUCGUCUCCACAGGCGUGCACUGGUAAACCCUGA